GGCUUUCUGGACGCGUCUCCUGCUAAUUCAGCUUGAGUGCGUUUUUGUGUUUUUUGGUGUUCUAAAGCCAAAAACAUGGGGAAGAAGGAUAAGAAAGGAGAUACCAGUGCUUCCAGUGAAGAGGAAUAUGUUGUGGAAAAAGUUUUAGACAAAAGGACUGUGAAGGGGAAGGUGCAAUACCUGCUGAAAUGGAAGGGCUACAAAGAAGACGAGAGUACAUGGGAGCCAGAGGAGAACUUGGACUGCGAGGAAUUGAUUAAAACAUUUGAAGAUGCUAGAAAGGAGAAGGAGAAAACAAAGAAACCAGAAGAGCCCCGCGGCAAGAAGAGAAUCCGCGAGUCGAGUGAGGAGACCAGUACGAGUCGGAAAGGCCGCGCCACUAGCGUCUCCUCCGUUGAGGAGCCCAAGGAGUCGAAACGGGAACGCAAGGACGACAAGAACAAGACUGGUUUUGACAAAGGAUUGAAGGCGGAAAAAAUUAUAGGAGCGUCAGACGCGACAGGAGAACUGAUGUUUUUAGUCAAAUGGACUGAUUCCGAUGAGGCGGAGCUUGUCCCUGCCAAGGUUGCGAACAUUAAGUGUCCACAACAGGUAAUCGCAUUUUACGAGGAACGACUGACGUGGCACACACCUGCGGACGCCGAGUGACUGCAGCGCAUCAAAGUGUGAACGGACUACGUCUCCUACACGCUAACUCACCCCGAAGCCCGCACACGUCAUUGGUGGUUAUGUGAACGUUUAUUAAGGACCUCAUGCCCAACACUGAGCGUUGCUACUUAGAUCGACGCGCCCAACUACUAUGCGGCAAAGUGCUUGUGUAAUGUGACUAAGGAA